AAAAAAUAAAAAAAAUAUUGAGAUCAAAGUAGUUUUUAAAACAAAUUUUUAACUACGUACAUUUAUUUGACGUUUCUAUCAAUAAAAUAUGUGAUGAAACUUUUUUAAUAAUUUACAUUUUACACAUUUAUAAAGAAUUUAAAUUUUAUAUCAAUAAUGACCAAGGAGGAUUCUAUAAUGACGAAUAAAGAGAAAGUACAACACGAAUAUGACAUUUAUAAAGAUUCACCAGUCAGGUUAUUAGGAUACGCAAAUGAAGUUGGUGAAGCUUUUCGAAAUCAAUUCGGAAGUGGUUUGUGGAUUAAAGCUACGUAUGGAAUUGCUGUCGCGUAUGUGAUAGCCGAUGCAUUGGACAAAACAGUUAAAACUUAUCGACGAAAGCAUGACAUAGGACAAACAGCACUAGUUGGUACCGAUACAUUAAUAUGGCAGUUAUUGGCAUCUGUAGCAAUUCCUGGAUACACUAUAAAUCGUUUAUGUGCGGUCACCAAUAAACUUAUAAAGAAACGUACAAAAUUACCGAGUAAAACUCGCAGUGCAAUAGUCAGUUUUGUAGGAUUAGCAGCAAUACCCAUCAUAUUAAAACCAAUCGAUCAUCUAAGUGAUAAAAUAUUAGAUAUAACACUUCGAAAGAUUACUGAUUCAAAAGAAUAAUUCCAAUUCAUUCCAGUUUUAGUCAAUAUUAGGUCAAUUUAGUAAACUGAUUUUUUUUAAAAGUAGAUCUCAUAUUAGUACAAAAAAUCAUUUUAGAGCAGCAGUAGGAAUUUUUAUCCUGCUUUUAAAAUGUUAUUCCUUUUUUUUUUAAGAAAAAAAUUGUUUUUACUAGCUUUUACUGUCUUUAAUUUUAUGUCAAGAAAACAGAAAUAACUAUAACCCCACUUAUAAUAUUAUUUUUUUAAUAAUGAUAUUUGAAAU